ACCUGUGGAGGGCAGUAAUACUCUUAGCAGCGUCUGCACUGCCGGAAUCCUACAAGAAGAAGAAGAAGAAAAGAUGUUUGUUUCGGUUUCGUUUUGAUUCGAGCUUUAAGUGUCGGUGCUGAACGAACAUCAAUGAGUUUGACGUGUUUCCAUAUACAGGGAAGAUGUCAGACUUUGAGACGAGGAAGAGGAAGAGAUCUUCAUCUCCAGAUCUCAGCUGUGUGUCUCUGAAGAGUCAUGGAUCCAUGAAUCAUCCUCCUGAAUUCAGUGAUGGACCAGUGACCUCUGACCCCAGUAUCUUCAGGAAGAGAUCUUCAUCUCCAGAUCCCAGCUGUGUGUCUCUGAAGAGCAAUCAAUCCAUGAAUCCUCUUGUUAACUUCAGUGAUGGACCAGUGACCUCUGACCCCAGAGAUGAUCAGACUGGAGACCAGGAUUCUCCUCAAGCAGUAGAUGAUGAACUACAGAGAGUCAAAGACCAGCUCAAAACCAGCAUGAAGAACAAGUAUGAGAGAUUAUUUGAGGGACUGAACCUCCAGGAGAAUGAAACCCUCCUGAACAGGAUCUACACACAGCUCUACAUCAUAGAGGGAGAGAGUGAAGGAGUGAAUGAACAACAUGAGGUUUUCCAGAUGGAGAAAACAGCCAGAACACAACACUUACAAGACACUCCAAUCUACUGCAAUGACAUCUUUAAAGCCUCACCUGAACCAGGACGUGAGGAGAAACACCAGAUCAAGACUGUUCUUACUAAAGGCAUCGCUGGAAUCGGAAAAACCGUCUCUGUGCAGAAGUUCAUUCUGGACUGGGCCGAGGGAAAAGCCAAUCAGGAUGUAGAUUUCAUGUUUGUGCUUCCAUUUCGAGAGCUGAACUUGAUCCGAGAUCAUCAGUACAGUCUUCACAGACUUCUGCUGGACUUUCAUCCUGAACUUCAAGAUCUGGACUCAAAGAUUUAUGAGGAGUGUAAAGUUGUGUUCAUCUUUGAUGGUCUGGAUGAAAGCAGAAUCACACUGAUGUUUUCAGAUGAUGAGGAAGUUUCUGAUGUGAAUGAGUCUUCAUCGGUUUGUGAUGUGAAUGAGUCUUCAUCGGUUUGUGAUGUGAAUGAGUCUUCAUCAGUUUCUGAUGUGACUGAGACUUCAUCAGUUUGUGAUGUGAAUGAGACUUCGUCAGUGGGUGUGUUGAUGUCAAAGCUCAUGACAGGAGAGCUGCUUCCCUCUGCUCUCAUCUGGAUCACCUCCAGACCAGCAGCAGCCAAUCAGAUCCCCUCCAGAUACAUCAACCUACUUACGGAGAUUCAGGGAUUCAAUGAGCCUCAGAAGGAGGAAUAUUUCAGGAAGAGAAUCAGUGACGAGCAUCAAGCCAGCAGAAUCAUCUCACACAUCAGAAGAGCAAGAAGCCUCCACAUCAUGUGCCACAUACCCGUCUUCUGCUGGAUCUCAUCCACUGUGCUUCAGAAGCUCCUGAAAGAAGAUCUGAGUGCAGAAAUCCCUCAGACUCUGACUGAAAUGUACAUCCACUUCCUGCUGAUUCAGAUCAACAUGAGGAAUCAGAAGUAUGAAGAGAGAGAUCCAGAGAAACUGCUGAAGUCCAACAGAGAAGUGAUUGUGAAACUUGCUGAAGUGGCUUUCAAUCAGCUGAUGAAGGGCAAUGUGAUGUUCUAUGAGGAGGACCUGAGAGAGAGCGGCAUAGACGUCACUGACGCCUCAGUGUAUUCUGGGAUUUGCACUGAGAUCUUUAAGGAGGAAUCUGUGAUUCAUCAGAGGAAAGUCUACAGCUUCAUUCAUCUGAGCUUUCAGGAGUUUCUCGCUGCUUUCUAUCUGUUUUAUUCACAUGUGAUCAAGAACAAGAAACCACUGGAUGAAUUCAGAUUUUACAGAUCUGAUAAAGUCUCUCUGUAUGCUCUACAAACAGCAGUAGAUAAAGACUCUCUGUAUUCUCUACUAACAUCAGCAGUAGGUAAAGACUCUCUGUAUGAUCCACUAACAUCAGCAGUAGAUAAAGACUCUCUGUAUGAUCUACUAACAUCAGCAGUAUAUAAUGCCCUCAUGAGUGAGAAUGGACAGCUGGAUCUGUUCCUGCGGUUCCUGCUGGGCGUCUCACUGGAGUCCAAUCAGAGACUCUUACAGGUUCUAAUGACACACACAGAGAACAGCUCAGAGAGCAUCAGGAGAACCACACAGUACAUUAAAAAGAUGAUAAAAGAUGAAGAUAGAGAUCUCUCCACUGAAAGAUCUAUCAAUCUGUUCCUCUGUCUGCUGGAAGUCAAAGAUCAGUCUCUGUCCAGAGAGAUUCAGGAGUUUGUGAAAUCAGACAAACACUCAGAGAAGAUACUCUCUUCGUCUCACUGCUCAACAAUCGCCUACAUGAUUCAGAUGUCAGAGGAGCCACUGGAUGAGCUGAACCUCAUGAAAUACAACACGUCAGAUGAGGGGAGAAGAAGACUGAUACCAGCUGUGAUCAACUGCAGAAAAGCUCUGUGAGUGUUUAAUCAUUAACUAAAGUAUCAUAUUUAAUAAUGAAUCUGACACCUUUAAAAUAAAUGUUCCUAAAUGAGAGAUUUUCUCCUCAAUAACAGAAUCUUAAAGGGUCACGACACGCCUCUUUAAUAAAGUAGAUAGUCACU